AUGUGUCAUGGGUAUGAGGGACCCCUUGCAGCAUUGGAUCGGGAAUCGGGGGCACAGGAAAAUGCUUUCGGAGAUCGAGAUCCAUUUUUGAUUCUGUCGAAAAAUGAUGGCAAAGAGUCGUAUAAGGAUGGUGAUCAAUCUGAGGAUUUAAGUGUUGAGUAUGAGUGUAGUUCCGAUGAAAGUGAUGAUAUGAUGGAUGUAACUGUAGAUGAAUCAGAGGCAGAUAUAAUUAAUGUCAAUGGUUUUGAAAAGUUGAUAACUGAUUUGACCAUCGAAGACAUAUGGGGACUAGUGUUUGAUAUAGAAUCUCAAUUGGUUUGCAAUAAAGCAGGAGAGAGACAUUGGAAGCACCUUAAAAGGGAUAAUCGGCAAAGGGAGCAUAGGGCAAUUACUCGUGUCAACUGCAGGGCGAGGAUUCGGUUCAUUCGUCACUAUGGAACAGGUAAGUGGAAAGUCAGUGUCUUUGAGAGUGAACACAAUCAUCCACUGUAUCCACCUAAGUACAGACAUCUUAUUACCGCGAAUCGUGUGCUUAAUGAGGCCGAUAAAACACAAGCAAACAGCUUGCAAGCAUGUGGUGUUAAAACUUGCCACAUAAUGGGUUCCAUGGUUUUCCAAAAAUGUGGAUACGAUAAAGUGGGUUUUACUAGCAAAGACUUACAUAACCACAUUAGUAAAACUAGGCGUGGCAAAGUGAAAGACGGUGAUGCAUUUGCUGCGUUGGCCUAUUUGUUGUCCAAGGCAGACAGUGACUCGUUAUUUCUAGAAAAGUUCACCUUAAAGGAUGGUAGGUUGGAUAAUUUGGUGUGGGCUGAUGGAGCAAGUGUUGUUGAUUACGAAUGUUUUAGCGAUGUACUCGCUUUUGACACCACUUACAAGAAAAAUCUCUACAACAAACCCUUAGUCAUAUUUUCAGGGACCAAACACCAUGGCCAAACAACUAUCUUUGGAUGCGCCCUGCUCUCAGAUGAAAGGUUCAAAACUUUCAAGUGGGCACUAAAGGAAUUUUUGGAAAUCAUGUUAAGAAAAUUAUCCGGAGGCGUUGUGACAGACAGAGACCGUGCUAUGAGAGAGGCUAUCUUAGAAGUAUUUCCUGGUAUACCACACCGCCUUUGUGCAUGGCAUCUCCAUCGUAAUGCAAUACAGAAUAUAAAAAACAAGCAUUUUUUGGACGAUUUUAAUGUAUUAUUGUAUGGACAGUUUACCGUGCAAAUAUUUGAAGAGAGAUGGAGCGAGAUCAUAUCCAAAUACGGACUUGCCGAGAAUGAAUGGGUCCAGGGCAUUUAUAAUGACAAAAUGAAGUGGGCUACCGCAUAUUUGAGGGAGCACUUCUUUGGCCGCAUAAGAACUAUAUCACAGUGUGAGGAAAUUCAUUCAUUAUUGAAGAACUAUGUUGACAGUAAAACCAGUCUCCUUGAAUUCAUGCAUAAAUUUAGUGAAGUACUAAGGCAUUACCGAAACAACCAUCUUACUGCUGACUUUGAAACCUUUUAUAAGUUUCCUGUUUUGACUACGUGCUUGGAAAAUGUUGAGAAACAAGCUGCUAAACUUUAUACUAGAAAUAUUUUUAAACUUGUGAAAGAUGAGAUAGAAGCAGCAGGUGCCUUAAAUGUGACUGAAUGCCCAAACAGUGGAUAA